AUUACGCGGUUGCGCGUCGUACCGAACGUUCCGUCCUACGCGGCUCCAAGACACGCGCCAAAAUACAGCACUGCUUGUAAGUCGCCGUAGAUCAACAUGACAACCGCAAGCUUGUUGUUGACGGUGACCACAACAUGGAAUUUAUCCAGCGACAAACCGGAAUUGGGCAAAGUAGGUCGAUCUGUGCAGAGCAUCGCCGCUGAGAGAGUAAAGGAACUGAGGGAGACGCCCUCUACCAGGGAGCAAGCACUGCGCAUCAUGAGGGAGUGGAUACAACAAAACCACGACAUCAGAAAUGUGCGACAAGAUGAAUCGUUCUUAUUAAGAUUUUUACGGCAUAAGAAGUACAGUAUCCCGAUGGCACAGCAGACCCUCCUGAAAUAUUUGAACCUUCGAAAAUAUUAUCCGGAUAUAUUCGCUUAUGGCUUGGACUGUGAAGAUUCGAAACUACAAGAAAUGAUUAAUAUUGGGUACGUAGUGGUAUCCCCAACACGAGACAGCAAGGGUCGACGGGUCAUCGUUUAUGAUAUGAGUAAAUUCGAUCCUAAUAAGAUGACGUGCUGGGAUAUCUGCCGGGUGCACUGCACGAUUUACGAGAGUCUGUUGGAAGACCCGAUCGAUCAAAUAUGUGGGUUCACGCAUGUCGGCAGUGGCGGCGGUGUGACGGGGGCUCAUGUUACCGCAUGGAACCCCACUGACUUCGCUCGCCUUAUGAAAUGGGGGGAGCAAUCGUUACCAAUGCGUCAUCAAGAGUUCCACCUAAUCAACAUUCCUGUAGCAGUUAAAUACGUUAUCGAUUUCGCCAAAAGCAAAGUCUCACCAAAGAUGGCGAAUCGAGUACAUAUCCAUUCGAAUCAGUCGCAGUUAUUCAAAAUCAUAGAUCCUGCGUGUCUCCCCACAGUUCACGGUGGUAAUAUACCGAUGCAAGAGAUGGUUACAUAUACAAGACAACUGUUGAGCGAACAGAGGAAAAACGUAUGCUCCUUGAAUAAAAUGGAAAUUCUCAGUACCAGAGGAAUCAUGUCAUCCAGAGGCAAACCAAUGAAAGAUGAAGUCUCCGUAGAAGGAAGCUUUAGGAAACUAGAAAUAGAUUGAAGUGAAUCAUUAAUUAAGUUAGUUAAGGACUUGCUAAGAUUUGAAAUGUCACGAAAAAGGAUUACAUUCAAUGUAAAUUUUAAUAACACGUAAUCUGAAAUCACUAUAUUCAGCACCAAAAUAGAGAUGAUUAUGCUCUUUUGAAAAAGAGGUGGAAAAGGUCCGAUAAAGCUUUGCACGGAGCUGUACGGUGUUAAUAGCAAUUAACCUUUUUUUGUUAAAGCAUGGGAUAUUAACUUCAAGUUUUAAAUCAGGGCUCCCCAACCAUGUUCUCCACAAAUAGACUAUUCCCACUCAACUUGAUACUGAAUGCUUAAAUUACAUUGGAGAGUGGAAGAGAAUCGUACAAAUAACAGUUAUAUUGGCUUAUCAAAAUGUCAUUUCGUUUUACCCCGCCUUUUGACGAAGUGGAACCCAGUGUUAAAUAGAUUGUAGUUGGUAUAUUAAAAUACAACAGCAUAACAUUGUUAGAUAAUUUUAAUACCAAAAAAAUAUAAUUUAUCCGUAACCGAAAUAUGUGAAACUAAGCACAAAUUUUUAUUAUGCAAUGUCCUAUUUACUAUUAAGUUUCUCGUUCCCACCUCGGAUUGUAGCAACACAUGUGCACUCUUAAAAUAUAUCAGUAAGGAGGAAGUACUCAUUAAAACCAAAGUGAAAUAAACGUCACGAGAUGGCGGUUGCAAUAAUUUUUGUCAAUAGUUAGCACGAAACGAUGAAUUCAAAAAGAGUUAAUUUUGCCCCUCUUGAAAAACUGAAGUUGUAUAUAAAAAUUACUUUGGAAGCUAAAAUUAUACAAGAAACGUGGAAAGUUAAAAUUAUGACGACGACUUCGUUAUUAUUUAAUUUUGGAAAUUGAACUAACAGUAGCAUAACAGAAAGAAAAUUGGAACACAUUUCAUAGAUAAAUCGAUCGACAUUAGAUUUCAUUCAAAUGUAUCAUAGUAUUUAACGUCAUCCAUUUUUUCUAAAAACACUUCCUCCAGUGUGAUGGGGAAAAUUUCCGUUAUUAUAUAAUUUAUAUUAUAGUACCUUUGUAGGUACUAUAUCACUCGUCCAUUCUUUCCAUCACUCAGUCCAUUCUCCAGCUUUUCCAGUUUCGCGGACAGGAGCAAGUGGACAUUAAAUAUUUUAAUGCACACUAUAAACGCGAUUCUAUCCGAUGCGAGAAUUCACGCAUCGCGUUUUUAAGUCUUUACAAUGUAAAUAUUAUAUAAGGUUUCCCGUUAUUUUAAAUAUAAACUAAGUGCAUGCAAAUAGGUUUGCCUCCUAAACUUUGAUGAAAUUUAUAGAUCAAUAUACAUCAUAUAGAUAUAUACCUACAUUAAAUCAAAGAAUUUAUUCUUUGUAGAAACUGAAUUUGACACCUAGGUUAUUGUAUUUUUAUUAGAUAGUUUUAUCUUUAAUGUUUCUAUACCUCAAUUAUUUUAAUUAUUCACAGCUUAAAAUUUAUUUACUAGAAAUAAGAUUACUAUAAUAUAACAAAAUAAACACAGUC